AUGAAGCUGCCCCUGCCUGCCCCUGAACUAACCUAUGACUUCGAGGUCAAGCUCUUCGUCAACGAGAGUGGCAACAGCCUGUUCUCGUUUGACGGUAUUGACUUCCGCGCCAACUACAACAGCCCUACCCUGCUACUUGCCAAGCUCGGAGAAGAUGACUUCGAAGAGCAGUGGAACGUGAGGAAUACUGGCAAGGCCAAGAGUGUCAGAGUCAAUGUCAUCAACAGCACUCCCUUCCCUCAUCCUAUGCAUCUUCACGGCUUCAACAUGUACAUCCUCCACGAGGGCGACGGAGCGUGGGACGGCACCAUCAUCAACCGAAAUAACCCCCAGCGACGAGACGUCAUCCAGGUCCGUGGCAAAGGCCAUGUGGUGAUCCAGUUCGACGCCGCCGAUAACCCAGGCGUCUGGCCCUUCCACUGCCACAUUGCUUGGCACGUCUCCGCCGGCCUCUUGAUCCAGUUCCUCACGAACCCGGACAAGGUCGAGAAGUUCAGGAUCCCCAACGUCGUCGCUGAGACCUGCCGCCAGUGGGGCACGUGGACGUCGACGAACAUCCCAGCCCAGAUCGACAGUGGUCUUUAA